UAUUAUAACGUGUAUAAAUCUGAAAACAUGUGAUUAUUAUUACAUUUUAAUUGCAUUUACAUUUUUUUAAAUUCAAAAUCUGACGGUCGUAUCUUCUCGUGGAGGAAUGAUGAUUUGGGUUGCCUUGUUCUGUGCACUACCCCAACAACCCGUGCGGUGAUGGCGAGGAAACCCCGUAGACAAGGCACUGCUUUUUCAUGACGACCAGGAAACAAAGGUGUUAAAUGACAGAACCAAUGCUUCCUGCUGGAGAUCUGUGUCAUGGAUGAUGAGGACGAUCGCCGUCUUCUGGAUAUUUUAGGAGAUGUGGAGGCACUGAAUGACUAUCUCCAUGGCAGCAACAGCAAUUCUAUUGAGGAGGAUGAUGUAACGAACGCAGCUUAUGGCUCGGAUGGAUCCUUCUUCGCGAGUGACACGGGUGGCUCCAACUCUGGCCUCAAUAAUGGCUCCUCUUCAAUGGGCGAGUUUGGAGACGAUUCAGCAGGGGCAGGCCUCCAGCUUUCCAGCAGCCUUUCAUUUAUCGAGGAUGAAUUGGGGCCGGAGACAUCUCCUGGAGGGGUGGACCUCGGGGGCGAGGACCAGCCCUUUGACAUCCUACAAAAGUCUCUCAUGGAGGCUGACAUUACAGAGCAGACUUUGGCCCAGGAGGCCUUACUGGACUCCCAGCCAGCUCCCACUCUAGUGCAGGCCCCCGUUCCCUUCCAGUCCCAGCUGGUUCCUGGGAGUUACGGAGGGGGAGUAGGUGUCGUAACCACGACAACGACUACGUUUCCUGCAGGCCAGUUCCUGCAGGGGGUGUCCCAACUGCCCAAUGGCUCCGCCCAGCACAUCCAAGUGUUGGGCUCGUUCGGGGCGGGCGGUGGCGUGAUGACUUUGAGCAGCUUGGAGAGGACUCCUCAGAUUGUUUUGAGGCAGGGGGCGCCUGUAGGUGCAACGGGGACCACACCAGGGGGGCAGGUGUUUGCCCCGACCCAAGGGCAGGUAGGACAAGUGGGCUUACCGUUCAAAAACAUCCCCCUUCAAAACAUCAUCAUCCAGAGAGGCCCUGGAGGGACCCAGACUCUUGUCAGACCCAUCCAGCCCAAACCCCUCCAAGCUGGGGCUCAGACAGUCUACAGCCUUGGCUCCACCACCAUGGCUAACAUAGUUAACGCUAACACCGCUACACCUGGAGGACAUUACACGACUAAUGGCUCCAUAGUGAUGCAGCCGCCCAUUGAGCAGCAGCAAACACAGGCCCAGACGAACAUAACGCCCGGACAGUUCCUGCUGCCCAACUCUUUGUCGCUCACUCCGGCCAGCGCCAUCCACAACGGCCCUCUCGACCCCAACUCCAACACCCUCAUGUCCAGUCAAAACACGGUACAGAUUAUCGCCGGGCAGAACUUCACCGCACAACCGGGAGGCCAGCUCAUUUUGAAUCAGGGCGUAGUCAGUGGGGGUCAAGUCGGAGGGGGUGUAACCCAAACAUGGACAGGCGUCACCUGUGCCAGCGCCGCCCCCGCGCAGACGUCGUGCGCUCCGGGGCGGCUGACUUUGGUAGGCACGGCGACGGCGGGGGUCGGCUGUCAAGGCCAAGUGACAGCCAGCCCUGUUCAGCGCCUACUAGUGACUCAGACUCAGAAUUGCACUUCUCUGUCGCCUAUACCUGGAACUGCUGAACAACAGGACUACAGGCAGAAUUCUUCAUCACCUGCCCUCAAACAGGCACAGCUCAGCAACCUCCAAGGCAUUACAACCAUGACCCAAGAUUCAACGCUAAACUCCCAGGUCGGUGCUCAGAAGAGACCCGCCCUUCCACCACUCACAAGAGGAGGAAUUAUUUUACAACAGUUGAGGAAGGAUCAUAACGGAGUCCACUCUCCAGAUCUGCGGCGAUUUACGUCAGUGGACGAUGCACUGCAAAGACUCCUCCCGUACCAUGUUUUCCAGGGGACUCCACCCAGCCACGAUGAGUUCUCACAGGUGGACGAAGAAUUUGAGGUCGUUGCAACUCAGGUGUUGAUGAGGACGCAUUCCAUGGUGAACAAAUACAGACGGCUGCUAAUGGUGGAAGCUGAGCGUUUUAGCCCGUCAUCAGAAAUGGUGAUGAUCGACAGGACCUUCAACCAAGAGGAGCGCGGCAACCUUACCCAAGACAAACGCAUGGUACUAGUGGAUCCAGAUGGUUUCUUAGAGGAUUUCUGCUGUGGGAUGAAAUCCAAACUUUUCCAGGAUCCCGUCCCCUCUCAGUCGUCGUCCAGCUGUAGUAAAAACCAGCCAGACAGAGGCUCCACAGAGCCACCGUACAGGACAGACUCCCAGCCCGCGUACGGAGACCCGGGAGGGGCCGAUGCUGCAGGUACAUGUGCAGCAGCAGCAGCAGCAGCAGCAGCAGACAGAGUCCAACCCCCGCCCUUAGACAACAAGAGAGUCCUGGAACUGAAGAGAUCCCAGCAACACUACGUGCCGAACAGCAGCAGCGGCAACAACAACAACAACAGCCUCACAGCUAACAGUUCUCUUCAAGGUAACCCCCCGCCUCCCACAGCAACAACAGGCGGACAGACGCACUACCCGGUGUCCCAACACCCCAUCCAACCCCAGUACCCGCCUCAGCUCAGCUCACCCGCUCCCCCUGACACAGACACUGCUUUAGAAGCGGCAGUCAACAGCAUCCUGGAAUGUUAAGACUGAAUCUCUAAUGAAUGAACGAUUUCACUUCUUUAAUGUGUUUUUUUUAUUUUAUUUUAGGUCAAACUCUCCAUUUGUUUUCUAUGUUGUUUCCCCUCCUUAAACCCCGUGUGAAGAGAGGCUAACUCUUCUUUCAGCUCUAUUUUCUUUGUGUCACCAUCUCCGGCCAUGUAGGGUGUCUUUAGGUCUUUUUUUCUAUAUCAUUCGGGGGUGGGGUGGGGCGGGGUGGAGUAAUGAUGUAGAAGUUAAAUGUGCACUUAAAAAGACCUAUAAAGAUCCGGGAAUGCGUGCAAUGAAAUAGUUUAACAGACGGAAGAAGUUUUGUUUAUUUUACUGUUGUUGUUGUUUUAAAGGGUUCGGUCUGGGACUUCAGUAGCUUGAAUAUGAGUUCCCCUCU